AUGCCACUUGACAUCGGUGCCAAGAACAUUCCAUCACCACGGAUCCUUCGACACCACACAACCAAUAGUCAUGGACCCCUUAUCCCUCGCUGCCAUAUCAUCACGGUGGCUAGCCUUGCAGCCUCUACCUGCUCAGCCAUCUCUGAAUUGCGCUCACUUUGCAAAUGCCUCCCGGGGCGCAUCCAUGCCAUAGAGAACGAGGUGGCCGACCUCGAGGUCCGGCUCACCGCGGCAUCGUCGGAAUACAAGAUCCCCGUUCUCAAAGCCGGCAUAUGGCUCAAAGAGCAGGGCCGUCUUCAAACCCUGCAAGAAGACAUUCGAACAGUCAAGUCUAGUUUGAACAUUCUUCUUGGAGCCUCCAACUCACAAGACAUGGUUAAGAUUCGACUUGAUAUACAAGAAAUAUCAUCACUCACCGCCAGAUCCUCCAUUCAAUCCACACAAGAGCAUCUUGCUAUGAGCAAGGCGUUUAUGAGCUCAAUGGCAGGCAUUGACGAGCGUGUUGCCCGUGUUGAGGUGCUUAUCAGGGCGCAGACAGAACUGCUUCAUGAGCGACAGUUUUCGCAGAUUGGUUCAACAUACCAGGGCCUUGCGAGAACUACAAAACGACAGACAAUCUCGAAAUUGGAAAAGAAAACAGCGACAGUAUGCUCCGAAGACACCAUCAGUGUUCGUGUUCGACCUUUCAUUGCAACAUGCCACACCGGCUGCCGAUGCUGUUGCCACGCUCAGCAGCGUUCUGCAACGCCAGCAAUUCUAAACAAUUUGUUGGGAAGAUUGUUUCUUGGGUAUUCUGGACUACCACUUCUCAGUUCAAAGUGCGACAGCGAAGAAUGCCGCGGUGCUCGCGCCAGGCAAGUCAGCAUGGAAUACUGGUUUCCCAUGUCACUGUGGUCCACCAUCAUCAGACUCCAAGUCGUGACAAGCCUCAACGGAGGACCAUCACUGCAUCUCGAUUCUCUCAGAAGAAUACCCGAUUCUUCUCAGGCCGUUGAUUUUGCUCAAAAGGGUAACACACGGGGGUUGCAGUAUCUCUUCAAUAAUGGACUUGCUUCCCCACGAGAUGUCAGCACAAGCCGCGGCUACACUCUGCUGAGAUGGGCCUUGUAUGCGAAGCAGUACGAAACCGUCAAGUUUCUUGUUCACGCUGGCGCGGACGCUGAUUACCGACCGAUAUCCGAAUUCGACAAUAGUCCAAGACUCAAGGCGUGUCAUUUCCUGCUGGAAGGUGGGCUAUCUGAGGCGGCAACAGAAGCUCUCAGGACAAUCACAUGGGGAAGUUAUUUUCUCGACGACUUCAUCGAGGCGUCCAAGUUUACGCAAAUUCACAAGAUUGUCUUGGGACUCUCGCUUCAGAUCCUGGAAGAGGAGCUUAUUCGGAACCCUGGGAAUAUGAAUGUUCAGGACUCCAUGGGACGCACUCCGCUGGCGUGGGCUGCGGCCAAGGGUGAUGUCCAGACAGUGGCCACGCUGCUCAGCUUUGGUGCCGACCCCAACAUCAUGGAUGUCCAGAUCUCUGGACCAUUGUCCAAUGCAGCAGCUCAGGGUCAUACUGCAUGCGUCGAACUUCUCCUUGAGGCAGGGGCAGAUCCGGACCCUCUUCCCCCGAAAGGUGUCCAGAAAGGCAGCCCGCUUAGCGUCGCCUCGCGGAACAGCAAGGACGCUACUCUGCUUAAGAGAUUGCUGGAUUUCGGUGCUGAUGUCAACACCCGUACGGUGGAAGGAAAGACGCCACUAUUCCAUGCGACAAGGAAUGACAACGCCAGUUUUGCCAUGCUCCUUUUGGAGUACGGUGCUGACUUGAACGCCACGGCCGUCACAAGGGAGACACCUCUCACGACGGCAAUUACAUACAACAGCCACAACGUCCUACGCCUCUUUCUCGAUCGAUGGUCAGAAUACAGCGUCUGCCCUCGUCUCAAAGGGCCGAAUCUCAUCAAAAUUGCGGCGUUGUACGGUGACGUGGGAAGGAUGGAUAUUCUGGCGAACGCGUGUCACUUUCGGUCAAACCAUGACAAGGAGUAUACACUCGGCAACUUCAAGGCUAUUCUACGUCAAAGAGAGGAUGUUACGGAGGAGCUGGUGUGGGCAUUUGAUGAACUUUUGAGUGUCAUCAAUGCGGCGCCGGAUAUGAGGAGGGGUGAGGAGGAUUUGAUGGAGGCUGGAUUCUUUUCUUGCUUGGGUUCGAGGUCGAAUACGUGGGAGGAUGGUUUUUGGAGGAAGGAGGAGGACCCGGAGAGUGACGAGGAGUCGGUAGAGAGUUUUCAGGAUGCGGUUGAGAAAUUGGAGGUUAUUGCAGCAGCGGAGGUGCGUUAGAUGAGUAAAGAUAGGAUCAUCAAACGCGUUGCUGUUU